AACACUACUCAAACGAAACGUGGUAGUGCGUUUCACUUUCUUUAGUACUUCAUUUCAUUGGAGCUGAUGCAAUUUUAUUUCCAGUUGGUAUAGUUUUCACAAUGGCCUCCGAAGUUUCUGCAAUUGAUGGAAUUUAUACUUCUGAAAAGAAUGGUAGUGACGAAAAUGGCAAUGGCACGAAAGAAAAUCCAUACAAAACAAUACUACAAGCAAUGCGUCAUGCAAAAGCUGAGCCCUUCCCCACAAUAUACGUCGAUAGCAAAGAUUUAAAAGCUGAAAGUCAAUACGAGGUGGCUGCGAAAUCACAGUUGAAAAAAAUACUUAAAAUUUUUACACGGGAAAGCUAUAAGAAUGUAGAAAAACAACAAAGAGAGUCCGAAGAUGCGGAAAAGCGAGCGCAAAACUUGGAGGAGGCUCGAAAAAUUAAGAUUUCUGAGGAUACUAGCCUACCAGUGGCACGUAAAAUAAAAAUUUGUCACGGUGAGGAAUAUCGUGGUGAACGCGUUAAGAUUUACGGUUGGUUGCAUCGUUUGCGUCGACAGGGAAAAGGCUUAAUUUUCAUAACCUUACGAGAUGGUACAGGAUUUCUUCAGUGCGUGCUUGUAGAUCGGCUCUGCCAAACCUAUGAAGCUCUUGUAUUAACUACAGAGAGCUCUGUACUCUUAUUCGGGGUACUGAAGCCGGUACCUGCUGGCAAAUCGGCACCAGGUGGACAUGAAUUGAUUGUGGAUUACUGGGAAUUAAUUGGCUUGGCCCCAGCUGGAGGAGCGGAAAGCAUUUUAAAUGAAGAGGCUCAUCCAGAUGUGCAGAUGGACAAUCGCCACAUUAUGAUUCGCGGGGAAAACACAUCCAAGGUGUUGAAAAUGAGAUCGGUAGUAAUGCAAGCUUUCCGUGGACACUUUUUCGACCAUGACUAUAUCGAAGUGUCACCGCCAACUUUAGUGCAGACCCAAGUUGAAGGAGGAUCUACCCUAUUUAAGUUGCAAUAUUUUAGUGAGGAGGCAUACCUAACUCAAAGUUCUCAGCUAUAUUUAGAGACUUGCUUGCCAGCACUUGGAGAUGUUUUCUGUAUUGCGCAGAGUUAUCGUGCAGAGCAAAGCCGAACACGGCGUCACUUAGCCGAAUAUACACAUAUUGAAGCCGAAUGUCCUUUCGUUACAUUCGAGGACUUAUUGAAUCGAUUGGAGGAUUUAGUGUGCGAUGUGGUGGAUCGAAUUUUAAAAUCGCCAUGGGGGCACAUUGUGCAAGAACUCAACCCUGACUUUAAACCCCCAAAAAGACCUUUCCGGCGCAUGAAUUAUGCCGAUGCUAUUAAAUGGUUAAAAGAAAACAAUGUGACUAAAGAUGAUGGUACCUUCUAUGAAUUUGGCGAGGACAUACCGGAAGCUCCAGAACGCAAAAUGACUGAUACAAUUAACGAACCAAUUAUGCUAUGCCGCUUUCCUGUAGCUAUUAAAUCAUUCUAUAUGUCAAAAUGUGCGGAAGAUCCUAACUUGACCGAGAGCGUCGAUGUACUUCUGCCCAAUGUGGGCGAGAUUGUUGGUGGUUCUAUGAGGAUAAAUGACUAUGACGAGUUGCUGAAAGGUUACGCUCGUGAAGGGAUUGAUCCAACUCCGUAUUAUUGGUACACUGAUCAACGAGUGUACGGCACUCAACCACAUGGCGGUUAUGGUUUAGGGCUUGAACGUUUCCUCUGUUGGUUACUCAAUCGCUAUCAUAUUCGAGAAGUUUGCCUGUAUCCUCGUUUCCUAGACCGUUGCAAACCGUAAAGUCAUACAAUUUCGUGUAUAUCAAAAAUAAUACAGCAUAGUGUUUGCAUUUAAAAACCGGAAUUAUUUAUAAAAUAUCCAUGCGCUAAAACAUGUUUUAUUUGCAUUUAGACGGUACUUAAAACCACACUUAAUCGUCAAAAAUUUCUUUACUAAGAUCGCCAGUAUCCAAAUUGUCCUCAAAAGUUGCAUCGCCCUCAGAAUCUUCCUGCAAAAAGGCAAUAUUAAUAAUUUAAAUAUAAUAGAUGCUAAUAAUGGCAUACCAAAUUAUCAACUGGGUCCAACUCUGCGUGGAUCUGCCCUUUGCGAUAAUGGUUUCGCAAUAACUCUUUAAUACAGUUACUCAUUACUUGACGCACUUGCAAGUCGAAACCGGCCGGUAACCACCCAGUCUUCUCGUUGCAUAUUGCUCCCGUUCGUGGAGAGGGUAUUUUUUCUAUCAUCUCUUGAAUUUUAGGCAUAUGAAUAUCACAAUACUAAAAAUGUAAUUGAGAAAUAAAGCAUUGUUACAAGUACGAAGAUAGUAAAUAAAUAUUCCAUUUGCUUACUCGCAAAA